UGGAAGGAUUUUAUAUGUUUUAGAAGUGCAAAUGAUUAAAUUAUUUCCAACUUGACCAUUUUAAGGAAUCAUUUUACAUCAACACUUUUAAGGACUGACGAUGCUCAGUCUCUUAAGUUAUAGAUGUGUUUCGAGAUACUCCAGUAAAUCCCUGGUUCUCCUCUCUUCUCUGAAACCAGGAUUAAGAUCGAUCAAGACCGAGGGAAAAGUCAACUCCGGAGAAUAUGAACCUCUAUUAGAUAUAAUUGCAAGACGGAGAGAAGAGGCAGGACGGAGUGUAAUGGUUCAAGUUAAAGGAAAACAAUCUGCUCAGGACUUGUAUACAUACUGCUCAACUGCUAUAGGACACGUCAAGGGUUUACAUUUCUACAAAAAUCAGUCAACAAAGGCAUUUUCAAAUUUUUACAUCGUAGAAUUCGAGGAUGAGAUUUGUGUUGCUAAAAUCCUGAGAACAGGUUCUCACUCCGGAGCAGACUCCGGAACCCAACCUGUUCCUGUAACCUCUCCGUUUCUCUGGUUCUCCGGAGCUGGAGCUGUCCAACCCGAUCUCACAGUUUCUCCUCCUGUCAUCCAACCCCUGCCAGUAUUUAAUGAUGUUAGAGAUACUCCGGAUGAGAAGGAACCGGGCGGAACCAUCUCAGAUCAAAUUUAUAAUCUUUGGAAAUCCCAGGAGAUCACGGAGUCAAAUCUUAGAGCCAGGUUUAUGGUUUGCAGACAAGUUGAACUCACUAUGAAGGGAAUGUUUUCACACGCUGCAGUUCUUCCUUUUGGAUCCUCGGUGAAUGGAUUCGGACAAUCAUUAGGAGAUCAGGAUAUGAUCCUCUCUCUAGACCCUCUCCAGGAUAAGGGUCGAGAAUCUCGUCUUGUUUUUCACUCUAAGAGCUGUGUAUCUGGAGACAGAGCGCAGACCCGGCGCUACUGCGAUCAAAUCUCCAGCAUUCUUCAAAUCUUCCUCCCUGGCUGUCAGGACGUACAAAAGAUAUUGUUUGCUCGUGUUCCCAUCAUCAAAUACCGCCACGAGCUCACUGGGUUCGACUGUGAUCUGUCCAUGACGUCAUCAAGCGGAUUAUAUAUGUCUUGUCUGCUUCAUAUCUGGGGUGGAGCGGACUGGAGGGUUCGUCCCCUUGUCUCUGUGAUUAAACACUGGGCUAAAUCACAGAAGCUUGUUAAGAAUAUUCGUCCAACAAACUACUUUACAAACUUUACCCUCGUAAUGCUAGUUGUCUGCUACCUCCAACAGGUGCAUGGUAUGGUUCCUACUGUACAGAAACUAAUUGAGCUGGGAUCAAGUCAGGAUCAGUUCAGCUGCGAGGACGGAGUUUCAGUCAACUUUCUCCAUAAUAUUAAUCCACAUCUAACCAGACUCAACCAAUGUUAUCAUAGUGAUAUGACACUAUUUGAACUUCUGCGAGGAUUUUUCGAGUUUUAUUCUCAUUUUGAGUUCAAUAAACACGCUCUCAAUCCUAUAUCUGGGGAAACCGAGGAGAAAAAUAAACUAUGGCCGAAAACGUCGGCUCUGGAUAUAUUGAAUCCACUUGAACCUGACUUGAACGUGAGCUACAACGUCAACCUGGCGGCUGUGAAGAUGUUCAAGGACCGGUGUACGGAAUCAAGAAAAAGGUGUGAUAAAAUGUCGGAGCAAGGAGACAACCUUGCCACCCUGUUCGGGAAGGAAAAGGAUCCUGCUGUGCUCGCGAUGCCUAAAAUGUUCGAGGUUGGGCUCGGUAAAGGUCGAGCUGGUGAUAACAAAUUGUCAAAUACUCCGGGAAGAACUAAUCUUAAAUCUAAAUCUCGGGAGAUAUCUUUAAAUCUAGACUCCAUCUUUAGUGAAACAGAUUCCCGAGGAGAUAUUCCAUUAUCUCCUGCUACUCAAGAACAAAAACGGUUGGAUAAAGAGAAAUCUAUACGCUCCACGAAACAUGUUCCCGUCUUUAAACAACAUUUUUGAUCCUAGUUUUUAAAUUUCCUAAAUUUUUAG